AUGGAUGAAGGGAAUCACUUGAUUGCAUCUGAGUUUAUAUUUCUGGGACUCACUCAUUCAUGGGAGAUCCAGCUUCUCCUCCUGGUGUUCUCCUCUGUGCUCUAUAUGGCAAGCAUAACCGGAAACAUCCUCAUUGUGUUUUAUGCGACCAUUGAUCCUCACUUACAUUCACCUAAGUACUUCUUACUGGCUCGUCUCUUUUUCAUUGACUUAGGAGCCUGCUCUGCCGAUGCUUCACCCAAGAUGAUUUAUGAUCUUUUCAGAAAGCACAAAGCCAUCUCCUUUGGAGGCUGCAUUGUCCAAAUCUUCAUCCACGUCAUUGGUGGUGUGGAGAUGGUGCUUCUCGUCACUAUGGCCUUUGACAGAUAUGUUGCCAUUUGUAAGCCUCUCCACUACUUGACCAUCAUGAGCCCACGAAUGUGCAUUUUGUUUCUGGCUGCUGCCUGGGCUCUUGGUGUCAGUCACUCACUGUUCCAACUAGCAUUUAUUGUUAUUUUACCCUUCUGUGGUCCAAAUGUAUUGGACAGCUUUUACUGUGACCUUCCUUGGCUCCUCAGACUGGCCUGUACAGAUACCCACAGAUUGCAGUUCAUGGUCACUGUUAACAGUGGGUUUAUCUGUGUUGGUUCCUUCUUCAUACUCUUCAUCUCCUACAUCUUCAUCCUUUUUACUCUUUGGAAACAUUCCUUAGGUGGUUCAUCCAAAGCCAUUUCCACCCUGUCAGCUCACACCACUGUGGUCCUUUUGUUCUUCGGUCGAACCAUGUUUGUCUCUACAUAA